CGCGCCUGGUGUGCAUGUCACGUGAUGUAACCUGAGCAGCGUCUGCAGGUUAUUAAUCAAUACUCAGGCUAGAGUUUGCGCUUCACUCAAGAUCAAUUACUUUAAUAUCUAGUUUACGGAUUGAGGUCUGUGCGUGUGCGCAACACGAUGGCUGAAGAUGCCUUGUUUGCCAGGGAUUACGGUCUGGUGGUUUGAUACUCAGGGCGGAGGUUCAAUUUAUUCUCUAAUUAGAGAUGGUCCAUGUCCUCUGUGUGAAGAGGAUGAGCAGAGAGAGUAUUGUAGAUACAGAAACACUGAGCAAGAGAAUGAGAGAGAAAAAAACAAUGAUGGAGAAGAGGUGGAAGACAAGGAGUCACAGGAGUUCAAGAGGGACGCUGAGGUGAAACUAGAGAAAAUAACUGAGGAGAAUUGGACAGUAGGUCAAGAACCUGCAGAUUGGAAAAUAGAGACUGACAUAGAAGAAAACAAAACUGAAGAUGUCUCACAGAAAAAUGAAAAAGGCAAAGAAGAUGACGAAGAGACAAACAAGAAGGUAGAUAAUGUAAAAACGGAUGAAACGAAUAACGAAGAUGAGCAGGAAAGUACAUUAGGUUUCAGAAAUGAUGAAACAAUGACAGUUGAUGAUGCAGAGGCAAGUGACUUGCUGGAGGAUGACUGUAUUUUGCAGAUGGGCCCAGACUGCACCAUAGACCUGGUGAUGGUGUGUGAUCAGUCAGUGGAGAGAUGUUUGAAUGAAGAUCUUUUGUUAUGCUCCCCGAAAUCUUCAGAUCUCCCCCAGCAGCCCCUUGUAAGAUCCCCACCCAGACCAUUAUCUAUCACAUUACCCCCUCAGAAUGCCACAGUACUCCCUUUUCAGCCCCAGUGUGUACUUCAGCCUCACCUCCCACCACAGGCCCAGCUGGAGGCCCCGUGUUUGGGCAAACGGCCCUAUGGAAGCAGGUCCAAUGUUCCCACAGGACAGCUGGAGGCCACGCUGCAGGUGUACAGCACUCGACGCUACACCCGUUUUGCCAGCAGAGUGGCCCCUCUUAUACCUCUGGCCUCUGCUGGUGGAGAAACCAGCAGUCAGGCUUUACCCUCCAUCAGCAUGGAUGCUCCUCUAAUGCCUCCAAAGAAGAAAACUCGCACCUUCUACAGCACAGAUCAGUUGGAGGAGCUGGAGCUUGUGUUUCAGGAUGAUCACUACCCUGACGGAGACAAGAGAAAGGAGAUCGCUGCCUCCAUCGGUGUUACGCCCCAGAGAAUUAUGGUGUGGUUUCAGAACCGUCGAGCAAAGUGGAGAAAAGCAUCAAAAGCCACAGCAAAAAAGCCUCCUGCUAGUCGAGAUCAACCUUGUGUCCAGGUCAACAGGCCACCAGUUUUCACAGCUGUUACAUCUCGGCAUGCCAAGCCUGGAAACACACUUCCUCCCUACAGUACCAUCCGGACCAGCUGCACCAGUCCUCCAGGUCCAGUUUGUGUUGAUGUGGCAUCUUGUGUGUCUCAAGGAUUUUUGGAGUACAUGCCCCCUCCAAUGCACAGUCCUCCUCCGAUACGGCGUGCUUCCUUGCCUCUUAUCACAGCUUACAACCCCCCUGCUCACACCGUGUCCCUGCUGCUGGACACACCUGAACACAGUGAGGCCAGCUCCGCAGACACAACAGCGCUGAGUUUGCUGACUGACAUGGGGUUUAACUAUGACAGCUUGGGCACCUCUGUGAAGCUGGACUACAUGACUUCUGCUCCACAGAACAGCGCUCUAAAUUUCCAGCUCAACACAUUUCCUCAACAGACAAAUAAUCUCCCUCAGCAAACAAACACUCUGUUAUCCCAAAAGUCCAGUUGCCUUAUGCCCCAACAGUCCAGCACAAUAUUGCCCCAGUACUCGCACCUGUCGUACCUCACGCCCUCUCCUUACCUCACACCCAACCCCACAGAGAGCAGCAGCGCUCUUUAUCUGCCCCUCACCACAGGAACCAGCAGCACUCUGCCUGCAUACACCAGCAGCGGACAUGCGUAUCUCCAGUCUCAAACCGGCAGCCAGAUGAUGCUACAGUCAGGAGUUCACGCAUUUCAGGCCUACCCUUGGACAACUGACAUGUAUGGUCAGUCUGGUCAGUAUGCACAGGCAGUAUAUCGGCCUCAGUUAUCAUCACAGGGUCACGAAAGCCAAUACUCCCAGCUCCUGCCCCAGCAGCACUACAUUCAGCUCGAAGGAGCGCCGUCACAGCAGCCCAGCCUCCCCAAGUCCACCCCUGACCCCCUGCUGCCCAAUGUCAAAGUAGAGUCUGAAGACAUGGGCCAUGGCCAGCCAAUCAGAGUCAGUGAGGCAGAGCCUAAUUUUCAUUGCGAUUUCUCACCGAUCAACUUUUAACAAUAGCAGGCUACUGACUGUGAAGAUCUGCGAGCGAUAUUUUCUUUUCUUUGUAUGUUUGUCUUCUGUUUUUUGUUGUUUUGUGCAGGAGCUAUUAAAAUGCUCUUUCAUUGA